CCAAACAAAAAUAGAGUUUUUGUUCUAACUACUUUGAGGAACCUGCGAAUCUAAGAUGGGGUGGUUGGUGUUUCUCGUUUGCUUUGUACUACUUGAUUCUCAAUUUCUAAUCUACCCCUCUACUCCUUUACCUUCUCAAUUGUGCCAUCCAGAUGAGAGAUCUGCUUUGCUCAAAUUCAGCAACUCCUUAUCUCUCAAUCCAGAAUACUUAGAUAUUGCACACUUGAAGACUGUCUCUUGGAAGAAUGGUACUGAUUGUUGUUCGUGGGAUGGAGUGUUGUGUGAUCCUAUUUCGGGUCAUGUAAUUGGCCUUAACAUGAGUUUUAGCUUCCUUCAAGGCUCUCUUCAUUCCAAUAGCACCCUCUUCUCACUUCGACAUCUCCAAUCCUUAAUCCUCGACGACAUUAAUUUCAAUGGCUCUCCAAUUCCUUCUGAUUUUAGUAGUCUUGCCAACUUGAAAAGACUUAGCCUUGGUAAUACCAAUUUUUCUGGUAAUGUACCUGUCGAGCUGUCUCACCUUUCUAAACUCUCUCAUCUCGUAUUUUCUUCUACAAAUAGUAUUUUUUUGGAGACAUAUGUCUUAAAAAGAAUGCUUCAAAAUUUCACCGAUCUGAGGGAGCUCACUUUGAAUCGUGUCGACAUGUCUGAUGUUCCAUUAGAUAGUUCAUUCACGAAUGUAAGUAUUUCUUUGAUGUUUCUUGAUCUCAGUCAUUGUGAAUUGCAAGGGAAUUUUCCAGACUUCCUCCUUCGCUUACCAAACCUUCAUCACCUUGAUUUAUGGAACAACAAUAAUCUUACUGGCUCUCUACCUACAUUUAAUUGGACCAGUCCACUCAGGUACUUAUCUCUUUCAUACACAAGAAUUUCUGUUGAUUUGCCAUACCUGUGUAAUAGUGCCAAGUCUUUGCAAGCUUUGUUUCUUCGCAAUUGUAGUUUUAGAGGUGCACCAUAUCCUACAAGAUUGGCUAACCUCAGUCAAUUAGUACAACUUGAUACAUUAUUCCUUGAUUACAACAAUUUUGGAGGCCAAAUCCCAUUAUUUUCUUUUAACCUCCAGCAUCUCAUCAAAUUGGAUCUUUCUGGCAACAAUUUUGUUGGUAAGAUUCCUGAAAAUUUAGAAAUAAACUCUACCCAAAGCCCAUUCCCUAUGCAAUUAGAAGUCCUCGUCUUAUCUGAUAACUUACUCAGCGGAUCAAUACCUUCUUGGAUGUAUUCUCUUCCAUUUCUAAAGUCUUUAAACCUAAAUCGUAAUAAAAUUAUUGGCCCAAUUAAAGAAUUCAAAUCAAGAUUUCUUGAAAGCCUUCAGUUGGGUACCAAUAAGCUGCAUAGUCUGAUUCCAAGCUCAAUUUUUCUACAAGAGAACCUAAGAAUUCUAUAUCUCUCAACCAAUAAUUUGUAUGGUGUUUUGGAGUUAAACAAGUUCUCAAUGUUGAGAAAUCUUGAGAAUCUUGAUCUCUCUUAUUACAAUUUCACUUUGAGUUCAAAUAACUAUGAUGGUAAUAAUCUUUUUCCUCGGCUGCAAUAUUUGAGUUUGGCUUCCUGCAAUAUUGUUGCAUUUCCAUAUUUUCUGAAAAGCUUGAAAAAACUAAAGAGGAUAGACCUUUCCCACAAUCAAAUUCAUGGUAGCAUUCCUCAAUGGUUAUGGAAUCAAGGCACAACUUCAUUGUCUCAUUUAAAUAUAUCAUACAAUUUUUUGACACAUGUAGAGCAAAUUCCAUUUCAAAACUUGAAGUAUUUAGAUCUUCGCUCUAAUAUGAUACAAGGGAAUCUUCCAAUCGUUCCACCUUCAUUGAUUGUUUUUUUCAUCUCAAACAAUCAUUUAUCCGGUGAGAUACCUUCUACAUAUUGCACUUUGAGUAAGAUAUACAUCCUUGAUUUCUCUAAUAAUAGUAUUCAUGGAAAAAUUCCUUCAUGCCUUGGAAAUAAAUCAUUCCUCUCUGUGUUGGAUUUGGAUAUGAAUAAUUUUAGUGGAGAAAUCUCUCGUGACAUGUUUGAAAAUUCAACUAGCUUGAGGAGUCUACACCUUAGUGGCAAUCAACUAGAAGGAUCCCUCCCACGUUCAUUGUGGAAUUGCAAAAAUUUGGAAGUUUUAGAUGUGGGAAAAAACAAGAUAAAUGAUACCUUCCCUCAUUGGUUGGAAGAUCUUCCGAUGCUUCAAGUUCUUGUUUUGAAUUCCAAUAAAUUCCAUGGUUCUAUAGGGACACCAAAGGUCAAAUCUCCUUUUAAUAAGUUGAAAAUUAUGGACCUUUCCAAUAAUGAAUUUAGUGGUCUUUUACCAACAAAGUACUUUGAAAGUUUCACGGCUACGAUGGAUGGACAUGCAAUCGGGAAUAUGACACGCAUAGGAGACCACUAUUACCAAGAUUCUGUGAUUGUAGUAAUGAAAGGUAGUGAACGUUCAUUAGAGAAAAUCAUAAGUAUUUUUAUUACAAUUGAUUUCUCAAUAAAUCACUUUGAAGGAGAGAUUCCAGAAUCGAUUGGAAAGCUUAAGGCACUAAAGGGGCUGAACUUUUCUCAAAAUAAAUUAAAGGGUUCCAUUCCAAUGUCAUUGACAUAUUUAAGUAAUCUUGAAUGGUUAGAUUUGUCGUCAAAUGAGCUAGUUGGAACGAUUCCAAAUGAAUUACCAAAUUUGACUCAACUUUCAACUUUAAACCUUUCGCAUAAUAAAUUAGUGGGACCAAUACCUAGUGGAAACCAAUUUGAUACAUUCAACAAUGAUUCAUAUAGUGGAAACUUAGAAUUAUGUGGGUUUCCUCUAUCGAAAUCAUGCAACAAUGGUGAGAUGCAACAAGAAGGCGAUCAUGGUGAGAAACAUGAAGAUCAUGGAAUUUUUAAUUGGAAUAUCGUGAAGAUAGGAUAUGGGUGUGGAAUGAUAAUCGGAAUAUUUUUUGGAUAUAUAAUGCUUUUCAAUACAAGGCUUGAUUCUUGGCUUCGGAAAAAGAUUGGAAGAGGAGCGGGACAAAGACAAGGACAAAGGACAAAGAUUGGAAGAAGAGGCGUUGGAAGCGAAUGAUCGUUUGAGAAGGAUCUAGAAUUUCAAACAAAAUUAGGUCAUGAUCAAAAGCAUUGCCAUAUGUACAAAAGGUGGCCGCAGUGUUGAUGAUUUGAGAUGUACAACUACUUAUGAUUUGCCUAGAAUGAUGCAUGGAUCUCUUUUUCUAAUUUAAUUGUCUUUGGAUUGUUCUUCACUACUAAAAAAAUGUCAUGUCCUAAUUGAACACCAUUUUCUAUUUUUUUUUCCGGUAAAUAUAGUUUUGCAUUAUCUAUCAAUCAAUCCUUGUUCAAAUGAUAUUUCAUAUUUUGUGUUAGAAUUUAUGUACA